AAGGGGGUGGUCUGUUGCUCUUUACACAUCACCCUCACUCUUAUGGCCACAAGGAGAACGAUGGCUGCUCUGUUGGUUUGGCUGUUCAGCGUCGGAGCUUUCUUCUUGUCCUUGAAUGCACAGGAACUCCCUGAAACGUAUAGGAAAGGAGUAGAUCUGGCCUUAGCGAAGCUCCACUCUCUCUCUGGAAUCCAAGAUCAUUAUGUCUUCUUAAGAAGUGUCUCAAAGUCGGACUAUGAGAUGGGUUUUGAUGUAAGCUUCUUCUAUCACCACUUCUACCUUAAACCCACCACUUGUGAAAAAGGGACCACUGACUCCUCAGCGUGUGAGCCUAGAAACGACAGACCGCUGAUGGACUGUGCAGUCUGCUACAGAAUGCACAGAGGAGAAAUCGAACCAGAGCCCAAACCGUAUAUUCACUGCCUCCGUAAACCGGCCAUCACACAAGCAAUGACAGCAGGCAGACUGGAGCACUGCAAUAAACUGGGAUACAGCAGCGGGUCAACAGUUCUUCUGGGAUCAACAGGCAAAGAGUGAAAGUUUUGUUAGAAAACAUGCAGCAUUUAGUGUCUUUGCUUCUGAAAAUAUCUAAAAAAAACUACAAUCAGACAGGUAAAUUCUUGUCAGUCUGCACUUAACCUUUCUGUAGUUUGGUAGAUGUACGUAUGAUGUUUGCAUCUUGUCUU